AUGGGUGGUUUGGCCCAGCGGCUGGAGCAGCUGGACAACGAGGCCGCUUCUCUGACUGCCGAGGUGGAGGCUGCGAAGGACGCAUGGCUGAGCACCAUGGAUGGACAUCUGGAGGCCAAGUUGAAGGAGGUCUAUAAGGACCUCAAGGAGGAGAAAAAGCAACUCCUGGAAGACAUGCGGGCUCUGGAAGCCAAGCUGCCCGGCUCAGGUGAGCGCACUCCGCUGCUGGCCUACAGCAACGGCACAAUUUUCAUGGAGGAUCCCGCGUCUCAAGAGAUAGAGAAGCGGACUGUGGCGAAUGACACCGCCAUCCCGAGUGCACACUUUUAUGUGGAGAGCGCCCUAGUGGAGUUCCUGGCAGACGAGUUGCACACGGGCAGGGUCGUCAUCUACGAAGAGUCUCGUAAGACUGGCAAAACAACAGAUUCAUUGGCAGUAUGCCGUCGCCUACGCAAGCGCGGCAUCCAGGUGGUGUACUUGGACCUGGGUCCGGUGGCGAACAAAAUUGCGCUCAACCGCGCGCGUGACUCAGAUCUCAUCUGGCGGGGGAUCCUUCUCAAGCUCGGCCUCACCCCAGAUCAGGGCGAGUCGUGCUACGAUACGUUUAAGAGCUAUCUGCGGCGCCCUACCGGUCCUUUAGUGGCAUUUGUGUUCGACGACUGCGACUCGUUGAUCAAGUUUUCAAGCGUCUUAGGAGAUUGGCUUGUCUGCGUGCGUGCGCUGUCGCAAGCACGCCUCCAAGAGAGCAGGCUAGCUGGGCAGAUGCUGGUGGGCACGCCGCGCUUGAAGGCGGCCAUCACGGAUGCACUGGAUGGCGACUAUUGGUCCAAACUCGCCGUGGCAGGGGCCAAGUCUCCCGCGCGCUUUGUGCCUGCUGAGAUCGGUGAGCUCAUGCUCCAACUAGUGGAGGCGCGCGGCGGGCAGCUCAAUGACCCUAUUGAGGAUUGGGCAUAUGCCAUUUGGAGCUACACAGAGGGGUACAAGGGCCUCACCGGCCUCUGCUUGCGCGAGCUGGAUGAAGGAUACCUCAGCACACAGACAGCCUACAAUCUGAACAAUUGGGAGAAAACCAUGCAGCCUGCUCUGACACGGGGUCUGGCAGUGGGAAUUCGCACAGCGUAUGACCGCAUGCUGAGCUCUGUGGAUGAUUCCAACCCAAUCAUGCAGGCAAUCGUGCAAGACCUUCUACUGACAGGGCGACAUGAAGUGGCGGAUCCUGACUGCCUCUGCAGCGCCGAGUAUGAUCUGCUUUGCGACGGCGUUGUCCGGCUCGUGGCUGCGGCGGACCACCACUGGAUGGAAGUUUCGUCCCCCCUGCUAGCUGCAGCCAUGCUAAAUGCCGCCCUCGCCUCCAUGGCCGACUGGCCGCAACUGCCAGCGCCGCCAACAGAGCCAUCUGCACGGGAAUUAGGAGAGUACCUCCUGCUACAUGCGCUGAGCCAGUUUCACGGCAGCAGACUGCAGCAAGAGAACGUCAAGACAGCCGAUGGACAGCAGAUCCUAGAAUGGGCAUUGCAGCAUGAGUUCAGCCGGGGCCUGCACCUUGUGCUUGGCAGCGCUGUCUUGUUCCAUGCCCUGCGGCUGAAGCGUGCUGUGGAAGUGCGGAAUAUAAGGUAUGAAGCCUCAAUUGCCAGCAGCAGCAGCCCAAGCAUGGCCAGCGACACACUUGCAGGCAGCCAGGACAGCACAAGUGCUGGCAUAGCCGUGUCAGCGAGCAGCCCUGGCCAGGAAGCCCUGUCAGAGCGCAACAGCGGCAGCGACUAUGCUGGUGCAACCAAGGAUGAUAUGCUGAGGAGGCUGGACAUUUUUGUUGGCAACGGCCCUCUCAGCACUGGCUUCGAGCUCAGCUCAGCAGGCUCAGCUGCAUCAUUGAGGGAGCACGCAGAGCGCUGUGCGAAAUAUCACGAGCAGCACAGCUGUCAAGUUUUUGCUGUCAAUCUGCAGCGCCCCAAGCGGCGAGUUGGACGCCCCAGGAAGGUGCCACUGCCACCUUUCAAGGCGGAGACCGACGAAGAGCUCCAGCGGGCAAUGCAAGGAUUCGCCAAGUGGCCAGACAAGCAGCCUGACAAGGUGAUUUUCGUCAACGUGUUAAUUGAGCUGGAGCUCGAGCGUGUCUUGGUGCAGUAUGUGGACCAGCCGGACGUGGUGAAGAUCGUCCACCUCAGGCAGGCGCGGGACACGUUGAGGGUUUCUCGGUCUGCAGUGCAGCCUGCUGCGCGCAUGGCGGAGCACAGUGCAGGUGCCAGACACCUUGUCCAGCAAGCGCUUGGCUCCCGGCACCGAUACAUGGGGCAGCCAUGCAAGGGCUGGUUCGCACGCACGCUGCGUGUGCCACGCCUUGUGGGCGGCCCGAUGCUGGCCCGCAUGCAGCGUGCCUUUUGCUAA